AUGGAGCCCUGUAGUACUCCUGAUAUUACAGGGGUUGUAUCGACAACAACAACUGUAACUACAACGACCACAGCAAAUGUUUGCCUCGAUCGCAAUGCGUUAGUAACAGUCCUGGAUACAUUCAGUCUAUCAGCUCCUCAGAAUUACGUGUUUCGUUCCUAUGUGUACAAUGCAACCGCCGGGCGUACAUUGGGAACACUAACUUUCAGCUUAAGAAACGAUCCCGCCUACUGGUCUUUGGAUGAUGUUUCAGUAAAAUCAGUUUCAAGUUCAGCAGAACUGUUAACAAAUGGCGGUUUCGAAUCAGGCUCAUUGACCCCCUGGAUAUAUUGUAGUCCAGUAACUGGCUCAAUCUCGAGCCAGAUCGCAUCGGGCAAUCAACAUAGUGGUACAUACUAUUACAAGGACGGUUCAAGUGGUUCUUACGAUUAUCUCUCUCAGAAAUUCACGAUGAUCAGUGGUAGUCAGUAUGUCAUCAGCUUUUGGUUGGCAUCUCGUUUUGGUGGUACUGUAUACACGAGUGGAACGGUACUAGCACAAGUGGCAUUACAAUUUUGA